ACUUGACACCCACAUAUGUAAUUUAGAUUUGUAGGUUAUUUAUUUGUUGAUAUUUAUGUCAUUUUCUAAUUAAAGUAUUUAAAUAGAAAGCAUAAAAAUAAAACAACUAUUGAUGGAAGAAACCGAUGUGAAAAUUUGUAGAUUAUGUCUUACAAUUAAUUCAAACUUAGGUCACUAUAUGCUAGUUGGAGAAGUUUCAAAUAUGUUGGAUUUAUUUUUACCAAAGAGCCAGUUUAUCGUUUCCGAACCAAGUAUUUGUGGUAACUGCGUUUCCAAGCUGGAAAUAGGUUAUAAGUUUAAAUUAAACUGUAUAAACAAUGAGAAAAAGAUUCAAACCUACAUAAAUAGCUUUAAAAAUGAUUUUCAUUUAGAAAGAAGCAAACUUGAGAUUAUAUGUUGUCUUUGUUUUAAUAAUUAUAAUAGAUUUAAUAAAUUAUGUGUACUUGCUAAAUGUUUAAAGGCGUAUCUUCCAGAACUCGAUUUACAAAAAAAUAGUGAUGCGGUUGUGUGUAAUAGUUGUACUAAAGUAGUUCAUUCCACAUACAAUUUUAUUAAUUUGUAUUUGGAAGUUGAGAGAAAGCUAAAUCAAUAUAUGUCAGCUGAAAAUCUUAAAGAUAUCCAUUUGGAUAAAAUGUUAAAAUUCUUAAAGAUAACAAAAAUUAGUGAUGCUAAGGAAUCAUAUAAAAAUGAAAUCAUGCGGGAGGUAUCAGAAUUAGAUAAACAUGGAGAUUGUGAUUCUAGGAUUAGUACUUUAAAGACUGAAAUUGUAUACAAGAACACUCAUCAAAUUGAAACCCAUUAUUUCCAACAAGGUGAAACUGGUGCUCUUUUAAAUGAAAAUGUUGUGGUACCUUUUGAACCGCAUUAUUUAGAAGCAUUAAAUCAACCUGUCAACAUAAAUCAACGUGUCAAUGAAGACGGAUCUGUUAAUUUGACAAUUAAUGACAUUUCUUCAAAGAAAUUCAAUUGUAAAUACUGUAGUUACAUUGCUUCAACAAAAAACGAAUUGAAUUAUCAUUAUUUUGAUCAUAAAAACAUGCCAAAAAUGUAUAGUUGCAAAUUUUGCUCUUUUGUUACAAAAUAUAGGAAUGUUAUUGAUAAUCACAAUAUAACUCAUUUAAAAGAAGAUGAGAUUGUUUGGUACAACUGUGAUAUGUGCACUUACCGAGCGAAAAUACAAGGAAAUUUAGAAAAGCACAAACUCACUCAUAACAAACAUAAUGAAGAACUGAAAAAAUAUAAAUGUGAGGAAUGCCCUUAUAAAACAAUGUGGAAAAGAGAUCUUGAGCGCCAUGUAGUAAAACACAAUCAAAUAGCUUUUUCUUGUGAACACUGCGUCUUCUCAACUAAACAUCAACGAUAUUUGAAACAACACAUCAUAAGAAUACAUGGUACCAGAGAUAAUUCUUCAGGAGAAACUUAUUAUUGCGCCAACUGUAGUUAUAGUACAAAGAAUAAACGAUGUUUGAUUCCACACAUGAUAACUCAUAGAAAAGUUGAGGACGUGGUAUGGUACAAAUGCCAAUUUUGUAAAUAUAAAUCCAUAUGGAAGAGGAGUUUGAGGGUACACGAGGUUAUUCACCUCAAGAAGUUCAAGUGUAAUCAGUGUGAUUUUGAAACUACGUUAAAAAGAUUCUUAAAAGAGCAUUUAAGAGGCCAUUUACCGAUUACCUUAUACAGUUGUGAGACAUGCGAUUUUACCACAUAUGUGAAGCAAACAAUGAACAAUCAUAAUAAUAAACAUAAAAAACCCGAAGAAUUACAAACAUACUAUUGUAAGCAUUGUAAAUAUCAAUCAAAGAGGCUGCAAGAUUUGAAACAGCACGCCAUUAUUCACAAAGAUAAUCCAGAAUGGUUGAAAUGCAGUACUUGUUCCUAUAGAACAAUUUGUAAAAAGAGAUUGAAGAACCAUCAGAAACUAAUGCACGGGGAAUCCAGUCAAAUUAAGAUGUUUCAGUGUUCGUUAUGUCCUUUUACAACAAAAUACAAAACAAGUUUCAUGAACCAUCAGUUGUGUUUGCAUAAAGAAAAAGAUGAAUCGAAUCUUAUCAAAUGCCCCAAAUGCUAUUAUAAAUGCUAUAGGAAAGAAUUAUUCACCAGACAUCUACUAGUACACAAAAAAUUGUCUGACGAAGAAAUGUUCCGAUGCUAUCACUGUGAUUAUAAAACCAAGUAUAAGAGAGCGUUGGUUAAGCACAUUAAAGGCCAUCAAAAUCUAAAUGCAAAUGAAGAUCCAAUUCUGCAAUGUAGUAAAUGUGAUUUUAGUACAAAAUGGCGACAAUCUCUGAAACAACAUAUGCUGAAACAUCCUGCAGAUGUGGAAGAGGUUAAAAUGGAAAUAGAUGUUGCAGAAACUGAAAUUGUGUGGGGACCCAAUGAUGAAUGUUUUUCAUCUGAUAUAAAAGAAAAUGUAUCUAGUUGAAUGUACAUGUGAUUUGUAGUUGAAAUCAAUUUGUGAUUGGAAACACUUUAAUUCGGUUAUAGAUUUCUUUAUUUUUUUGUUAAUUCGAUAUAUAUUCAUGAUAAGUUGAAAUUGUUACUAUAAAGAAACUGGAUGUUGUCAUGUUUUUUCAUCUGUUUAUUCUUCGUUUUUUUUAUUUUAAUGUAGUUUAUUCUCCAAAAAAAUGUAUUUUUAUGUUUACGACCAUAGUUUCAAAAAUAUCUUUAUUGUUUUAAAUCUAUCGAUCAUUAAUAUUGUAUGUAAGUUAUUAUAGAGAGUUUCCUGAGUUUUAUUCAGAUAUAAAAAAGCACACUUGAAUUUCAUACUUUAUCUGAAAGUUAAA